AUGCUUUCGGGAAGAGUACUUGGCCCACUACGUAAGCAGGCCCUUGGGAGAGCUAAAUGGCACUCACUGCCGUCUACAACCAGUCCCCUCUGGGGUCUCCUAAAUAGGAGGAAGGGAUUCAGUUUCCAAGACGUAUAUGAAAGAGCCCCAGUGAGCAGCCACUUGAGGAAGGAGGGCUCCUCCCCCAAACGAGUGAUUUUUUUUUUAAAGAAAUUUUUAUUGGCCAUCCAGAAACCAAAUGGGAGCGCCCUGGACAACCAGGCCGUGGAGGACACCAGCAGGGAUGCAGGCAGCCCGAAGUUGAAACAAAACGUUGUAGUCCUGGAUCCAGCGGACUACACAGGGCACUGCUCUUUCCUGAGGGGCCUGUUCGCAGUGCCCAACAGCUGGACUGAGAUCACAGCCGAUUUCCUGGAAGACGCUUUCCGGAAAGUUUUAACUGAAAUGGACUAUCUAGCCACCCAGAAACCAAAUGGGAGCGCCCUGGACAACCAGGCCGUGGAGGACACCAGCAGGGAUGCAGGCAGCCCGAAGUUGAAACAAAACGUUGUAGUCCUGGAUCCAGCGGACUACACAGGGCACUGCUCUUUCCUGAGGGGCCUGUUCGCAGUGCCCAACAGCUGGACUGAGAUCACAGCCGAUUUCCUGGAAGACGCUUUCCGGAAAGUUUUAACUGAAAUGGACUAUCUAGGUAGUUACACGUCCCUGGCCAUUCAAGACUACUUGGCCCACUACCUGAGCAGGCACCGGGGAGAGCUAAAUGGCACCCGCGACCAUCCACAACCAGUCCCCUCUUGGGGCUCCUAAACAGGAGGAAGGGAUUCAGUUUCCAAGACGUAUAUGAAAGAGCCCCAGUGAGCAGCCACUUGAGGAAGGAGGGCUCCUCCCCCAAACGAGUGAUUCUCACCUCUUUCCCUUUGCAUCUUCUUCCAAGGCUCAAUAAAGCUGUCCAGGCUCUCAGGCCCUGAAGUCCUGAACCUUCUUCGCCUGACAGUUAUUGUGUUCUUCUUGUCACCCGCAGCCAUCCAGCCAUCAACUGGGGCAGUUGCGGUGAGAGAGGAGUGUGGUAGAAUUUGGGGGUGUUUGGUUCUGAAACCAGGCCAUUAAGAACAUGAACCCGACUCAGGCUCUUUGGAAAGCUCCUAAAAGCCUCCUCAGGGAAAGCUUUAGUUUUUCUUUUCCAUAACUCCCUGAAGGCUGGCUGGAGUUUCGCUUUCUGGGAAAAGGGGGAGAACACUAAGUUAAUUAGCACAAAUUGACACAUAAUGGUGUGCAAGGUCUUUCGCCUUGCUUCUAAAUUACAGCGGGUCAUUUAGAUAGAGGGGCUCCAGGUCAUCUUCAUCUUGUUUUGAAGUACAUUGGGGGAGCCUGGGCCGGCAAAGUGUGAAAUUCCUUUUUGUGACCUGUAGAAGAUGUUCUGAUUUAUUGGACCACUUGUUCCUGGGAAAGGAACAACGUGGACCCACAGAGAACAGUUUUUUGUAUACAACACCACGACUUUGGACCAUAAAAGGAGGAGCCGAAAUCCCUUCACUGCUGCACUGCCAAUUGGCAGGGAAACUUCUAGGAGUUCCCCAGCGAUUGGUGGGCAGCCCGAAAGCUUUCGACUUGGGAGGGAGGAGGAAAUAGUGUGUUGGUACCUUUAGCCUUAAGCCUUCAACCUAUAUAUAUAUAUAUAUUUCUUAAGUCUUAGUGUUAAGCUGUUUCCUUUUGUGGUUUGCAUUAUAACCUUUGAGAUAUAUUCAAUAAACUUUUAGAUUUG